AUGGAAUACAAAUAUUUAAAAAAUUUAAAUACUCACUCUAUUCAGACAUAAGAUCACCUUGAAUUAGAAUUUAACGGGCUUUAUUUAAAUGAUGAAGAGACAGAAAUUCUUGGCAAAGAAAUAUCUUCUUGCAAGAAUGUUUCUAAGCUUAGUCUUAAGCUAAGCUACAAUUGCAUUAGCGAUAGUGGUAUGCAAUAUCUAUCAAAUGAGCUCUCAUAACUCUCAAAUCUUACUUCUCUUAUUCUUCAUUUAAAUGGUAAUCAAAUUAGUGGAGAAGGUGUCUAUAUAUUAGGAAAAAAUAUUUCAAAACUAAUAAACCUCACUCAUUUGACUGUAUUUGUAAAUGAUAAUUAAAUUAAUGCUGAAGGAACUCAAAAGUUUGGUGAAGAAAUUUCUAAAUUAUCUAAUUUAAUUUAAUUAUCAGUAAGUUUGAGCUUUAACUCAAUAGGAACUUUAGGAAUUUCUUAAUUUGGUUAAGCUUUAUCACUAUGCAGCAAUUUAACAGAACUUAGUUUAUUCACAAGUGGUAACUAUAUGGGAGAUCAAGGAGUUGCUGCUCUCACAGAAGGAAUUUCAAAAUGUGUUAAACUUAAAUCUUUGAUAUUAUAUUUGCUUAAAAAUGAAAUUAGUGAUGAAGGGUGCAUCAAACUAGCUUUAAACAUCAGAUAACUUUAAGAAUUAAAUUAAUUUGGAUUAUAUCUGAAUAAUAAUUUAAUAACUCCAUAAGGAAUAGAAAAUUUAGGAAAAGAAUUGGCUUAAUGCAUCUCAAUUAAAGAUAUUUCAUUGUGGUUUGACUCUUUAUCCAUUGGUAAAGGCACAGCUAAUUUGCUAGGAAAUGAAGAAAUGGGAUUUCUCAAUUUAACAUCUUUGAAGCUUAGUGUUAAAAAUAACUAGAUAGGAAAUGAUGGACUUGCAUAAAUGGGUCAUAAUAUAUCUAAGUGCAAAUAUCUCUAAAGCUUAGUUCUUUAUCUUAACCAUAAUGGAAUUUAGGAUUCUGGAAUUUAAGAUUUUAUAGAUUAAUUAUAUCUCUGCAAAGAUCUAAGCUCACUUUCUUUGUACAUUAGUUAGAAUUCAGUCAGUGAUCAAGGCUUAGUUGAAUUAGGGACAAAGAUUAACAAAUUUGCUAAAUUGUCUAACCUGGUACUAUACAUUGAUUGUAAUGAAAUCUUUGAAUACAACAGUAUUAAUUCUUUUAUUUAAGAAACUUUGAAAAUAGAGAAUCUAAAUAAUUUUACUUUCCGUCCUGGAUCCCAUUCUUUAGGACUCAAUGGCUCCCAAAGACUUAAAAAAAUGUUAAAGAGAAAAGGGAAAAGACUUGUCUAAUUAAUAAUUUGA